GUUCCAUAAGGUUUGUUUUGAUUGUACACAAUUGCAGUAAACGUAUAUAUUUUUGACCAAUAUUCCAUCGAUAAUGUUUCUAAACCAAGCACGUAUUUCUUAAUUGUGACGACCAGACAUCGGUUUCGGAAUGUUAAAAAAGUUAAUUGGUCAAGGCAUUUAUUCCGCUAAACAGUGGAUUUUGCUAAUCCGUCUGGAUGUUGUUUGUUUGAAUCGGUUUUUGUGAUGAGAAUUGUUUGGAAUUAACGGCACGCAGUAGGCAAAUUCAAGGAUAUUUGGCUUUGAAUUAGCUCUGAUAUAAACCUCAACACCUGCGAUCGAGGAAUCAUGGACAGCACAGAACUGGAAUUGGCGAAAUUUGAGUCAAUCGAGUGGAGCCCAGCCUACCUUUCGCUCUCAAAGUUGCUAGAUAAAUAUCCUUUGCCACAAAUUGUCAAAAUCAUCGAGGGCUUCUACGGUGAAAGGAACGAUUCCACUUUGUGUAACAAUGCCAUAUUAUGCCUGCACUCAGUCAGAACGGUCCAAAAGGUUUACGGUCACUUAGGUUGUGACACCGGUAAAGAGAUUUUAAUUCCACUCGAUUGUCGAAGUAAAGUCGAAGUGCGUGCAUCGAAUAUGAAAGAUGUUUACGAAAGCGUAGAAGAGCUUUGCUCUGUGUCUCCAAAAUACGUUCGUGUCUCCCAAGCCUAUCACAGAGAGUCGUCAAACGAAGCUCUAUUGAACGUCGGAGAUAAAUUGCAGUUGAAAGGUAAUAAUAAAAGAAAAAUGAAAGAAAAUUUGGUUUGUAUUAACCAAAAUGGCCAAAAAAUUGAACUACCGAAGGACUGUGUCGCUUGCUUCCAACCCCUGGUCGAUGGAAAAGAGUACUACCUAUCGGAUGCUUUAAAAAAAUUCAAAAUGCCGUUAAAAGUGCAAUUCGUAGAACUUGACAGAAUCGGUGAAGAUGCCCGGUCGGAUAACAGACCGCCUUGUGAACCCUUUCGAAUCAUUUGCCUGGACAAAAUCUCCAAAGAGAAGGUCGUUGAGGCGACUACGAUACUUGCUGACGGUCAGAAGCUUUCGAUGCAAAUCUCCCCUGACGUGAAUAUCGAGUUGGUGGUUUGCGCGGACUCGUUCCGAAACAACGCUGAUUAUGCUAAAAUUUGUCAGAUGUUCAACCAAGCAACAACACCCAGCGAGGAUAGCAACGCACAAUUGUACGAAGAUAUUGAUGAUGCGAUCCGAAAUAUAACGCGAAGCAAGCCUACCAAACCAUCGGUUAAGCGCUCCUCUCAAAAGCAAAAACCAGUCGUAUCACCGAAGCCGAAGCCAAGAAAUUUGACUUUGGCGCGCGCUGACCCGGAUCCAACUUAUGAAGAGAUUGGAUUGAAUACAAAAGAUGAACGCGAACCCGUCAUUGAAGAGUCGCAAUAUACCGCGCUUGAUCCGACGUAUAUCUCCAGUCAAAAAUAUGAAAAACCUGUUAUGGAACAACAACAAAUUCAAAGCUUUAGAAACCCACUUAAAAUGGCUCAGAAACCUCCUCCCGUACCCAAGAAAGCAGUCAAAAUACCUACCAAUGUUUCAUCUGAAGUCAAAAAGUGUAAUAAACCUGACGUUUUGUACAGCGAGCCAGACCAACCAACUCUUUCGAAACCGCCCGUCACGCACCCCAAAAAUCCUCAUAGUAUACCUGAAUGUCCCGCCAGAACACCUGAUGCACACUCUUCACCCCAUUUAAGUCGACAUCCUGUAGUUGAACCCGAGAGCAAAAAUGAGGGGAACUACCUCGCCAUCGCAGAAUAUCCAUUAGAUCUGUCAAACCUGAAGGUUGCAGACGUUGGCAGGUUACUGGAAUACCUGGGCAUGAAAAAACACGUUGAAAUAUUUAGGAAAGAGAUGGUCGACGGCUCGAUGUUGGCUUGUAUGGACAGAGAGAGUUUGCACUCGCUGGAUGUUGAUCCGUUUCAUGCCAAGAAACUGUUGAGGUUCAUUGGAGGUUGGCGUCCUAAAAUGUGACUGAGUUUGCACAGACAUACCUGUAGACAAUAUAUCAUAUAAUCUCGUCUGAUCCUUUACUUUGCAAGAAUAUAAACACAAAAAUUGAAUUUGACAAGCAUUUGAUAUCGCACAAUAAAGUCGAUGCAAUUUUUCAUGCCGGAAACACAGUAUAUCACGAAAACAAAUGAACGCCGACAUUUUCAGAAAGCAGUCAAAGCACCACAUUUCAUUUGAAAAGAGUUAGAUUUUCAUUGUUAAACCUUUAAAUUGUUUCAGAAAGGUCAAGCACACUGAUCAGAAACACACACAUUUUCUGUCACAUUCAAUGAAUACGACUGUGCUUUUGGAUAUAUAAAAUAUAUUCUAUUACACUGUAUAUGCCCACUUUCAGAUAAUAUUUUGACCAAGGGCAGUUUACAAAACCACCAGCAUUCAUUUUAAUCACGAAGUGCUGCCAUAAUUGCAUGAUUUGUUCAAUUGCAUACAACUUUCUAAUGGCAGACGUUUCAAUACGCAACAACGAUGUUAUGCCAGAAAUAUUACCCCGCAUUUGAUGCAAUAUGCUGUAUAUUGACCAGCUACAUAUUAGACUCUCAUGCAACUUAUGGUUUUUUUGAAUGGAGGUAUGAAAUAAGUAAAGUCUCGUGCACGUAAAGUAGAUAUAACUAUCCUUGAACCUUAAUGAUAAUCUUUCAACCACUGAAAACAGAGCCGUGAAAUGAACCAGUAUAUUUAGUAGCUUUUACAUAACACCCGCUCAUUUCAAGAAUGUGAAGUUAUUUUCAAAAUUUCUGAAAUGACUUAAAACAUAUUCGGAAGUGAUACUACCAAUUUGUCGUUUGAGACAAUUGUUUAAAUCCAAGUUGUUAUCCUGUUUUGUCGUAUAAUUGUGUAACUUAGUUCCUUAUUUUUUUGAAUUAAACAUCGAGAGAUUAUAUUGAGUGAAAUAGAGUUGAAUUUUAUAUAUAAAGAA